GCAAUAUUAAUGGCGAUCAUGUGAGGCUGUAACGAAUCGGCGUCAGUUGAGAUUGCCUGUCGAUAGCAUCGUCCAUCGUACUCAUCGCUCUUGCACUACACAUGGAGGAUAACGUAUUCCAUCACACGCCAAUCAGAUGUCUGGAAUUUUGGUUUGAGGACGGAGACACCAUGAUGACUGCGGGACACGUCGGCUUCCGCAUUCACAAGUACGUGCUAUCAGGCGGGUCCAGUGUCCUUGCCGACAUGGGACGAAGCGACGAGGAUCAGUUAGCAGGCUGUCCUACUGUCCGUCUGGAGGAGUCCGCCCACGACGUUAAACACCUGCUGCGGAUGCUCUACAAUGGAGUUGGCGAGGGUGAAGUCGAGCCAGUGCGUCUUCCUGAAUGCGCCGACUUCACGUCCAACGUCAGGAUGGCACACAAGUACAAGCUUCAUAUUCGCAAAGAGACCUAUUGUCUCUUGCGCCACCGCUUUCCUUCAACAUUCACUGAAUGGGAGACCAGAGGGGGUCUCUCUGCUGGAGACGCAAUCGAGGCAAUCAGCCUCUUCCGCACGAUCGGGGACGACGAUCUCACCACGCCGCACAUGGUUGUUGCUCUGUACCUCGCCUGCGGCCUUCCGUACAGGGCUCUCCUUCACGGGCACCGUCGUACGGAUGGAGUACUAGAGAGACUUCACCGGGAAGACAUCGAGCGGUGCGUCCUGCUUCGGGAGAGCCUGGUCGAGCGGUCGGCUUGGAUGGCGGCAAAGCUGUACGAAGGAGAGGCGAGCGCAAACUGCGUUGGCACGGACGGUCAGUGCGAUGCAGGAACCGCGAGUGUGCGCACGAGUAUCCUGCGUGGCAGUCUGAAUCACUGGCUCCAUGCGGACCCUUUGGGGGAGUUCAUGCAAUCCACGGUCGACGAGAUGGAAGUUGGGAGUGCGCGGGGGAUUUGUGGUAUUUGCGCUGGGAUGCUUUGCGAGCGGGAGAGGCAGCUCCGUAGAGAGCUAUGGGAGGCGCUGCCGAGCAUGUUGGCGGGGGUUGAAGACGAGAUGAAGAUAGCGAGAGGUGGCAGGCCCGAUGAGCAUGGAGACUAAUCAACUUUGGUGUCGUAGCGGCCGAUUUGGCGGAAGGAAAGUCAGUCGGAAACAGAUGGUCUGUAAAUACAGUAGGUUAUGCCGCCUCUGUUCAAGCAACGAG